AUGCACCUGUCCAGAGACUUUUCGAAACGAUCCACUCUCGACAUCAAGUCUCUUCUGUUCAAAACCAAGUUCCGAACGUUUCUAUUGUUGUUGUGGCUGUUGUUCUUUCUCUAUUGUGGAUAUUAUUAUUUUUUAUUGUCAUCCAUAACUACUUCCGACAAGAAGAGACUGCAAAUUCAGUCCGAAAACAAUCGGGAUAGCAGAUCUACACGUGAGGAACAAGUAACAAACAAAGACAACAAAUUUAAAACUGAAAACCCUACAGUACAACAACCUGCAUUGUCUGAUUCAUCAAACGUGAUUCCGAUCGUUAUUUUUACCUAUCAACGAGCUGAAUAUUUGAGAGAGUGUAUUGAAACGUUACUUAGAUAUAUCCCAAACAAAGGUUUCCAUAUUUAUGUGUCACAAGAUGGGUUUGACGAAAAAGUAAAGGAAACUGUCGACAGCUUUGGAGAUAAAAUUAAAAAACAUUUCCAAAGAGAGAGAAAUGUCAUUAUUCCAGACAAAGUUUCAAAUGUUGUAGCCUACUACUCUAUUGCUCAACAUUAUAAAUUUGGAAUUGAUCAUGUAUUUGCAGAAGACGUAAAUUACGAUCGAAUUAUAAUCAUGGAGGAAGAUUUAAGAGUUGCUCCCGACUUCUUCGAGUAUUUUACAUACAUGUCACCUUUGUUGAAUAUGGAUACAUCUUUAUUUUGCAUUUCUGCAUGGAAUGAUAAUGGUAUGAAAGGAUUUGUAAAAGAUCCUGCUAAGUUCUAUAGAAGUGAUUUCUUUCCUGGCCUAGGAUGGAUGAUGAGACGAAAAUUGUGGGAAGAUGAUUUUGGGCCAAAAUGGCCACUUGGAUUUUGGGAUGACUGGAUUAGAGAAGGUGUCAAUAGAAAGGGAAGAGCUUGUGUUCGUCCUGAAAUAUCUAGGACCUAUACAUUUGGAUUCAAAGGAGGAGCAAGUUCGAACCAAUUUGCAAAUUAUUUGUCUGAUAUUGUUCUUAACACAGAAUCUGUGGAUUGGAACAAGAUUGACAUCAACUCACUUGUGAAAAGUAACUAUGAUGAAGAGUUUAUUAAGGAAGUUAAAUCAUCUACAUUAAUCAAGUUCAAUGAAAUUGGAGCAAGAGAAAAUGAGAAAAUUAGAUUGGAAUAUAGCACUAGUGAUGAGUAUAUGCGCAUUGCCAGAGAGGUUGGAAUCAUGGCAGAUGUGAAAGCUGGUGUUCCUAGAGGUGCUUAUUUGGGUACAGUCACUGUUAGACUGCGAUCCAAUACUUUAUACAUCACAACUCCAUCAUUUGCACCUCAAACAUACACGAAUUUACCACCAUACAAAAUUUAA